GAAAUUAUAAUUAAAAUAUGUAUUUUUAUGGUAAAGACCGAAAGCAAUCGUAGAAUGGAGUCCUGUCGAUGUUAUUGCCCAGUUACCCAUGUUAUUUUCGACUGCGAUGGAACCUUGUUGGACACCGAACACCUUUAUAUAAAGAUCAUAAAAGAGACCUUGGCUCCGUAUGGAAUAAAUUACACUCAGGAGGAUCAGGCUCGAUACAUGGCAAGAACGGCUCGAGUUAUGGCCGACACCCACAUCAAAGAAUUUAAUCUUCCAAUUACGGCGGAGCAGUACCUUACGGCUUUCAAAAAAGCAGACUACAAGUAUAUGAAGGAUGUUAAGCUUCUGCCUGGAGUUAGGGACUUGAUCUUCCAUUUGCAUGAACAUCGAAUACCCUUAGCCAUUGCCACCAGUUCGAACAGCGAAAUAAUCCAAGUGAAGUUUCAAUCUCACGCGGACAUCAAAAGUGCCUUCCAUCACAUAGUGUGUGGCAAUGAUCCGGAGUUGAAGACGGACAGGGGAAAACCGGAAGCGGAUAUCUAUCUGCUAGCAGCCUCACGCUUCCACCCACCGGCAGAUCCCAGAAAGUGUCUGGUGUUCGAAGACUCCCCAACAGGCUUAAAAGCCGGAAGAGCGGCCGGCAUGCAGGUUGUGUUCAUACCCGAAAGUGAAACAUCCCGAGCCCGAGGAGAGGAUCCUACCAUGGUGCUGGGAUCCAUGACAGAGUUUCAGCCUGAACUUUUUGGCCUGCCUGCUUUUCCCAACUGUUCCAAAUUUGAGUUCGGCUAACUAGUAUUCUAGGCUUCCGCUUUCUAAAUAGUAGUUUAAAAAAAAUAUAUGUAUAAAAUUUUCUAUCAGA